AGAGAAGCAGAAAAAAGAGGGAGAAGAGAGAGAAGCUCCCAAGUGGUGAAUGAAAGAAGAUAGAGAGAGAAAGGAAAAAAAGGGGAAAAAACCACCACCAACAACAAGAAGAGCUAGACAGAAGGAAGAACAAAAGAAAGGAUUAGAUCUUUGAAAGAGAUAGGCAAAUAUCAGAGAGGAAGGGAAAAAGAAAGAAAAUUCCCCCCUCAUUUUUUCAAUCCCAUCUUGGCUCGCCGGAGGAAAAAAAAAUUUUCCGGCUAAAAUUAUGCUGGGUUCUUAUUGGUGGUGAUUUUUUUACUGAAGAGUUUUUAAAUUUUCGGAAGAAAAUCCCAUCUCAGUUAUGAUGGACAGAAACAGAGAGGCUAGAAGAGCAGCUAAUUUGGUGGCUUCAUCAAAUGGCUUAUCCAGAAGAAGACAUAGAAGCAAUAAUAGUCUCAGAGAUUCUCCAGGUUUUAAUUUCUGAACCCAGAUCUAAUUUGGACCUGUUUUUAUUAAGAUUGGAUUUUUUUAACAUUUCUUUUGUUUUUGGUGUUUUCAGAUGAAGAUGGUGCGUUGGAGAUGCAGGAAUCUGUCAGGUUAAGAGAGAGAUUGAAGAAAGACCGGGAGAGGGAUCGAGAUCGAGAUCGAGAAAGAGAUAGAGAUAGAGAAAGAGAUAGAGAAAGGGAUAGAGAACGGGAAAGAGAAAGGGAGAGGUCGAGUAGAAGUAGUAAAAGAAGAAGAGGCGACAGAAUGAUGAUUCAUGGGAGUAACAGAGACGAUGGUGGUGAAGACAGUUCGGAAGAGAGCUUAAAUGAUGAUGACGAUGAAGACGACGAUGAAAACACCACUUCCACCACCAAUAACAACAACGGCCACCAUAGUGGUGGUGGCGGGGUGAGGUUGCUGCCGUCUAAUCCGGCCGGAACCUCCGCCGGGAUGAAUUCUGUAUCAAACCAUUAUCACAGUAGUAACAGCAAUAGCCAUCAUCAUAACCAUCAUCAUACUAAUACUAAUAAUAGUAGUGGUAAUAAUAAUAUUAAUCAUAAUCAUCAGCAACAGCAACAGCAUCCUAGUCUUCAACACCGGAAGAGUUAUCCACCAAGCUCAGCCAAGGUUUUUCGGGCUGCUCCCGUUUGGAAAUCCGGUGAUGAAAUGAUUGGUGUUCCAGUACCCAGAAAAGCUCGUACAGCAUCUACAAAGCGGUCGCAUGAUUGGAUGUCUAAUAGUAACGGUGGUGGAAAUAGUGGUGGUGGUGGUUCUGCUGUUGGAGGAGCUGAGAUUAAUCAGCAGCAAGCUCAGACCUCGCCGGCAAGGCAGAGUUUUGUUUCUGCGUCAACGCCGUCGCCGGCAGCUCCAGUUUCGCCAUCUUCUUCAAAUGCUUCAAUUAGGAAGAAGAUUGUCAGUCCUUUCAUUCAUCUUCUUAUUUCUUUCAUCUCCAACCUUUCUCCUUUUUUUCCGGUUUUCUAACCUGGUUAUUCUUGCUGGUGUAGAAGCCUAAUGGGCCUAAGCAGCCAAGGCCACCGAAGUCAGCAUCUUCUAAGGCAUCUUCAUCGAAUCCAGAAGAACUUGAGAUUGAAAUAGCUGAAGUGCUGUACGGAUUGAUGACUCAGUCACAAGCUCCUCCGAAGAAAGAAAUCUUAUCCACUGAUUCGAAGGAAGUCAACAGAUCAAGUAGUGAUGGUAAAUCGAGAGUUUCAUCGCCGAUCUCCAAUUCUCCGUCGGCCAAUAUUCAGUCCUCGCCGGCAGUGUUGCCACCAAAUCCGGUUUCCUCAUCUGGACCCUUAUCUGCUGUUGCUCCAAAGAGGAAGAGGCCUAGACAAGUGUCCGAGAACACUGGGAAUUUUAGUGUUCGAAGUAGUCCCAUUUCAUCCACGACAGGCAAAUUUGAGGCUGAUCAGACUCCCAAGGCCGAGAUAUCUUCUCCUAGUCUUGAGAAGAAUCCAGGAUCUGCAGCUGAAAGUGGGUAUGAAAUGAGCAAUUUGUCAAAUUCACAGACGGCGGCAGCUACUGAGCUCCGUGCACAGGAGCCCAUGAAAGUUGAUUCAGAGUUGAAGGCGGCGGCUGAAAGAUUGGGAGAAGGUAGAGAUUUAGCUCCCAGAGCGGAUGUGGCGAGUUCUCCAAAGAAGGAAUCAGCGACUGUUAAAGCAGAGAGCAAUCGUGAAGAUGCAGCUACUGGGUCAGCUUUGUCCACCAAAUCAAGUUUGACUGGGUCUGAUGUCGGUAAUCAAAGAGAAGAAAGAGAAGAAAAGUUUCAGAUUGACCUGGAGGCUCCUCCACCGCAGGGAAGAUAUUCACCGGAGAGAGAAAAUGAUGUUUGUCUGGGAGCGGUUGCUAUGAAUUCCAAGCCUAAUAUUGAUUCUGAAAUGAAGCCAGUGGAUAAACAAGAUGAAAAGAUGGCAAAGAUUGUGAACGAAAAUGGGAAUUUUGGUGCUGAUGAGAAGAAGGUGAAAUCUGCGCUUGAAGACUUUGAAGCUCUGAAAAGAGCUGAGAAUAAAGGGAGAAGCAUUGAUCUUCAGCUUGAUUUGGAAAAGCCAGAAAGAGAAAAUGGACCAGGUAACAAGUUGCAACCAGCUCACAAGCCGCAUCAACAGCAGCAGCCAUCAUUAAAGGGAAGCAAAGAAGAACCGCAUACUGAAAGAGCUGGACAACCAAAUUCUCUGCCUUUGCCAAUGUCUAUGGCUAGCUGGCCUGGUGGGCUUCCUCCUAUGGGAUACAUGGCACCAAUUCAAGGAGUUGUAUCAAUGGAUGGAAGCACUGUUUCGCCCACUCCAAUUCAGCCUUUCUUUUCUCAACCGCGGCCAAAAAGGUGUGCUACCCAUUGUUAUAUUGCUAGGAAUAUCAACUAUCUCCAGCAAUUCAUGAAGAUGAAUCCAUUCUGGUCGGCCGCAGCAGCAGGCUCUGCAGCAUCUUUGUUUGGACCAAAGAACCUCAGUGUUGUGCCUUCUGCUGAUCUACAUGGAAAUGUUGCUGGAAGGAGUGCAAGUAAUGGUCAAGACAAAGGCCCGGGACUUGCGAUGUUUCCUGGUCACAGUGGGAAGGAAAAAGCUCCUCAACCUGCCAACAUUGCCGAUGCUAAUCAGAGGAAGCAACAGAUUUUGUUACAGCCAGCAAUGCCACCUGUAGCACCUAACAAUAUUUUGCAUGGACCUGCUUUUAUCUUUCCUUUAAAUCACCAACAAGCUGCAGUAGCAGCUGCUUCAGCUCUCCCCGCAUCUGCAAAGCCGCCCCCUGCAACGACUGGUGCUGUAGUUUCUGGUAGUGCAUCCAAUUCGACUCCUGUUGGUGUACCUCCUACAGCAGCUGGAGCUGCAACGGCAGUGAGCUUCAACUAUCCAAAUAUGCCUACUAAUGAAACUCAGUACCUUGCGAUUCUGCAAAACAAUGGUUAUCCUUUCCCGCUUCCAACAGUUGGAGCACCACCAAACUUUAGGGGAACACAUCCUCAGGCCAUGCCUUUGUUCAAUGGAUCAUUCUAUUCAUCUCAAAUUAUCCAUCCUUCGCAGCUGCAACAACAACAGCAGCAGCAGCAGCAAGUUCCUCAGUCGCAGCAAAUGCAGCAAAGUAACCAAAAUGCUAGUCAAUCUAGUGGUUCAUCAUCAUCCCAGAAGCAUUUGCAAGGCCAGCAGCAACGCCCUGCUGGAAAUGCGGCCAGUGGAAAUGCUGCCAUUGGAAACUUGCAUAAUUUUCCGGCUCCGAAGAACCGCCAAACUCAGCAAUUGCAGCAUUCACAGAAUCAACAUAUCCCUGCGUCUCAAUCACGGGCUGAAAAUGAAAUUGGAAGUGAAGAUAGUCCAUCUACUGCUGAUAGCCGAGGAUCUCGUCCCCCAGUAAAUAUCUAUGGUCAGAAUUUCGCUAUGCCAAUGCAUCCUCAAAACUAUGCAUUGCUAACUCCCCCAGCAGCUGUUGCUAAUGCCCCUUCGUCUAGCGGUAAUGGUAAUCAAAGUGACAAGAAACAACAGCAAACCCGGCAGGUUGGAGGAUUAAAGAAUGUUGUCGAAUCAAUGCCUGCUCAAGCAUUUGCUAUGUCUUUUGCUUCUUUAAAUGGGGCCACUGGUGUGCCUGGUAUCGACUUGUCUUCCAUGGCCCAAAAUCAGGCCAUUCUUCAGAGUCUUCCAGAAGCCACCAGGCAAAAUAUCCAGAUGAUGGCUGCGAAUGCUGCCCAUGUUGCCCAGCAGCGAAAGAACUUCAGAAUUUCAGAGGACAACAAAACGGGAGGUGACUCCUCAAAUGCUGAUGAUGAAAGAAAAGGAUUAGCAGGGAAGUCAUUAUCAAAUGUUGGGCAGUCCAUUGCAUUUUCGAGAUCAGAGUUUACAGAUGCUUCUACCUCCACGCAGGUGGGUAACAGUGUCAUUGAUAGCUCUGCUCGUCCGAUAAAUCUCUCAUCAGGUCCUUCCAGGAGCUCUCGUUCUGCAAUGCCGAAUAGUGUUGGGGCUGUUAGUGGUCCGAGUGCGCAGCAACAAGCUCAGCACCAAUCACAACAGAUGUUGCAACAGUUUCAUAAACAACAGCAACAGUUGGUGGCAGCGGCUGCAGCAUGGAAUAAGAAUUCAACACCCAAUGGUAGUGUGUACCCUGAGCAUUUGAGUUCAUCAUCUGCCAUGACUGCUAAAUUUCCAAAUGCGCACUCUCCUUUUGCACAAAACCUUGUUCAAAACAACAACAGUGGUAGUCCAAAUCAGUCUCCUCAGUGGAAGAAUUCUUCUAGAACCACUCCCCCACAAGUUUCAUCAUCAUUUGCUUCAUCAAGUGCAUCAACCCUCAAAAGUCUUCCCCAGCAGCAAGGAAGAAACCAACAAAGCCACUCACAGAUAUCUUUUGGGGCAAAUCAAAAGUCAUCCCCUGCUCCAGGCCAGCAGCAGCCUCCUACUACAAAUCAGUCCCCUGCCUCUCCUAUGAUGGUUGGUUCUCCUUCCACUUCAUCAAUGUCUAAAGGGGCCAGUGGAAGUCCUAGAACAACUACUUCGGCUACUGCUAGUAGUAAAACAGGGCAAGCAUCAUCAUUGUCAGGGCAGCAGCCCAAAAAUUCAUCUGUUCCUGGGCAGAAAUCUUCUCCUGUUGGUGGAAGAAAUGUUCAAUCUAUUCUUGGAAACUCCCAUAUUGCCGGCGUGAGUUCAAGUAGUGGUGCUAAAUCUCAAAUGCAACAGUUGCCGCCACAACAGCAACUUGCAAAGAACAUUCAGCAGCAGCAUGCUCAACUCUACUUCUCAAACUAUGUGCAAGGCCAACCUCCAAUUUCCUCGAGUAUGAAUUCCUCCUCUUCUGCCCCUGGCAGUGGAGGGUAUUAUGUUCAGAGAAGGCGUCCUGAUCAACAGCAGCAGCCGCAGCACCAACAGCCACCUGGUUCAUCUGCGCCCUCGUCUGGGAUGUUGUCUUUGUCUGUUUCACUAUCUGGUACUAGCACUACUGAUCCGGCAAAAGCAAUUGCUGCCGCGACUGCUGCUGUGAAUAAUAUGAAAGGGGGAGGCUUGACAACCCAGAGCAUUCUUCAAGCUACCCAGUUCGCUGCGCAGCAAACUGGUAACCAACAUCAGCUGAUGCCAGGAUUUGCUUAUGUUCAUGCUGUUCCAGCUGGUGUUCCAGUAAAACCUUCCGAGCAGAAGCAACCUGCUGGUGAGUUUUUUUUUUUUUUUUUUUAAAAAAAUUUAUAUUGUGCAUAAGUAUGAUAUAUAGGGUUUAGUGCAUCGUGUCAUCACAUUGGGAAAAAAAAGGAUCAUGAAAUAGACUUCAAUUUUUUGACCAGGAAAUGAUAAUUUGCAUGCAUGCUGGCAGCCUGAGAAGAAAUGAGGGAGGGAGCAAAGCGGUGGAUGUUCCAAUUUUGGCCGAAGGCAUCCUGCAAAGGGAAUUGCUGAACUUGUGCUUUAUACGACCCAUUCCCACGAUUCUGAGGCACGGAUGUAAUGAGGGUUAGGACGAGGCCCCGAGUGAAUGAUGCUUUGAACCAGAAAGAAGAAAAAGCUGUAGAUGAACAUGUAUCUGUGAAUACACUUGUCUAUAGUCUGAUGGAGCUAGACAGGAUCGAUAUGUCAGGAAAUGAACUUCUCGACAAAGAGGCUAUACGCUUCAGAAGGAAAGUGGAAAGUGAGUAAAUCGUCUAGCUUUGCAAAUGAUGAGGAUAGUCAAGGCUGGCUAAGGGAGGGGAAUUGUUACAGAUGGCAACAUGAUAAUGUGCCGUGUAAGUUGAUGGGUAGUGCAGGUUCUUUUUUGAUCUUUUUUCGGAGUAGGAGUUCUUUUGUUCUAGGGCAAGGGGUUUUUUAAAACCUCCUGAAGAAGAAAAAAAAGGUUGAUCUGUUGAACAUAUAUGAAAAUAGCUGUAGAGGGUGUAUCUGUAUAUCUGUGUUUCUACUUAAUACAAGAGUUUGCCCUCCCAUUUUUUCAUUCAUCUCUGCAGAGCCUCCUCUUGAUUCCUGUUCUUUUUUUUCCUCGCAUUUGCCUUUACAGUUGCACCUGGGAAACUAAUAUUUGCCAUUUUGAAACAGUGUAUCCAACUAGCUAACAGAUCAAGCA